CUAAGGAAGUUACGCAAACCAACCUGGUGUUAUAACAGUGGACAAACCCUAUCUGUCUUAGGCUAAAACUAUACUAAAAUCAUGACUUUGGAAAUACCCCUUCUGCUGGCUGCCGUGUCUCUGUUUUCUGCCCUACAAAUGGGGUACCUGGCGAGACAGGUGGGGCUGGCGAGAAUGACACACAAGGUCAUGCCGCCCGCUGUCACUGGACCACCAGAGUUUGAGAGAACAUUCAGGGCACAUCAGAACAAUGUUGAGUUGUACCCAGUCUUCCUAGUGGUGCUGUGGACUUCUGGACUGCUCUUCAGUGAAGCGCUUGCAGUUCUUGGAGGUGUUGUGUAUAUGGUGGCUCGACAAAUGUAUUUCAAUGGAUAUGUCAUGUCCACUAAAAAAAGGUUGCCUGGGUUUUACAUGACUUUGGGUGCCUUAUUCUGCUUGUCUGUGCUGAGCACAGUCGGUAUUCUUCAUGGCAUUCUUCUUGAAUACUUUUACAAAAUGGUUUCUAUGAUGUAAACACAUUAGCAAUUAAUAUAAACAAAUGGAUGGGGAAAAUGCUAUGUUGGUGACAUUUCUGUUUUGUGCUAUACACCUGUGAA